AUGAAUAUUUGGUCAUCAAUGGUUAAUGAAUCAUAUCUAUCAUUAACUGCAUAUUAUAUUACUUCAAACAAUCGUGUAAUAAGUUUAACAAUGGACAAUGAAACCACUAUGGUAGCAUGUUGUUCUCUAUUAGCAAAUGAAUUAGACAAUGAAUUCAAUAGCUUAGGCUUUUCACACUAUUGUUGUUCAGCCUAUGUAAUUAAUUUGGCUGUUCAGCAGGGUCUAAAAGCUAUAGGAUCAGAAUUAAAAAAACUUCGUAAAUGA